AGUAAUGGUGUAAUUGAUCUUGUUAGAAAAGGAGUUUAAAAUCAAGAUUAAGGAACAACAUAAGGAUUUGUUAUAUAAACUGAAUAUGAUGGUGUUAAAUUAGAUGGAACUGAUGAAUCAAAUUGAAAUGGAAGAACAUUUACUUCUGCACCAAAAAUUAAUCCAAUAAUUCUUAAUACUCUUGUAUUUGAUCCAAAAAAUGAAGGAGAAGAAGCCUCUUAUCGUUUCAUAUUUCUUCCUUAUUCAUCAUUAUCAUAAGUUCUUAGAUAGAAUUUAAAUAUCCAAAAUAAUUUAAUCCCCUACUUGGUAGAGAUAUUUAUUGCAUUGCUAAUUCUGUAGAUUCUAGAAUUGGAACAUUCAAAAGGUUAUGAUGCAUAUAAUCCAGAAAUAUAAAAUCCUAUUGAUAUAACUAUUUUCUGUAUAGUAAAUCUUAACUCUAAUGGAGAAUCAACUACUGAUUUUCUAAAACUUAAAAUUAGAUAUUAAGGUAGUAAUAUUUAUGAUUAAUCAAAUUAAGAAAUAGCUUAAUUAUCGAAGCUCUUGUUGGUUGAAAAAUUAGAUAAGAAUUUUUAUAUAAUUUAUUUUGUAAAAUUUGAUAAGAAUAUUUUAAUAAUUUAUUAUGAAAAAUUUGAUAAACAUAUUUUAAUUAUUUAUUAUGAAAAAUUUGAUAAACAUAUUUUAAUUAUUUAUUAUGAAAAUUUUAUAUUGGGGUUGGGUUUGGGUUUGGGUUUGGGUUUGGGUUUGGGGUUGGGUUUGGGGUUGGGGGGGGGGUUUGGGUUUGGGUUUGGGUUUGG